CGUCGCGUCACAACCACUUUAAAAUGUUCAGCCAACGCGUCUCCCACCGAGACCUAAUACAUCAUCUGCCUCACCAAACAGCUGCCCUAGUUCACGACGAAUAUGCCCGCCGGUCAUGCCAGUUGAAUGUCCCAUCUGCUCGAAAGCGGUCAAACCGCACCAGAUCAAUCCGCACAUCGAUUCCAAUUGCCAGUCGUACCUCGCUGGCGACCCUUCUCCUCCUCCUCCACCAGCGCCUCCCCAGACACAGACACCUAGCGCAACCGCACCAGCCAGCUCCGCGCAGAAGAGAAAGGCCGCUGAUUUCUUCAGUACACCGGCUACAAAACGGCAGCAUGGCGUGGAAGGGAGGGUCAUGACCCCUCUGGUGGUGAAUGGUGGGAAGAAACGUUCGUACGAGGAAGGGCCUGGAGACGGGGUAGUCACAAACACAUCCGUUCCGACAGAAUCGGCCCAGCCAGAGGGCCCUUCAAUACAAGACGGCGACGAGCGAAGCGGCAAGCGCACCAAGACACGAAAAGCUGCUCCAUUAGCGGAACGAAUGCGCCCCAAGAACCUCGAUCAAGUCUGCGGCCAAGAGCUUGUCGGUCCCAACGGCGUACUGCGCUCGUUGAUCGAAUCGAACAACGUUCCCUCCAUGAUCCUCUGGGGUGCGUCGGGCACGGGCAAGACAACGAUUGCGCGAUGUAUUGCCAAGGUUGCCGGCAGCCGCUUCAUCGAGAUGAAUGCGACAAGCACUGGCGUAGCUGAGUGCAAAAAAAUCUUCAGCGAGGCUGGAAACGAUCUUCUCAUGACGGGAAGGAAGACGAUUAUCUUCUGCGACGAGAUCCACAGGUUCAAUAAGGCACAGCAGGACGUGUUUCUCAAACCCGUCGAGGCAGGGACCGUGACCCUGAUAGGCGCAACGACAGAAAACCCGUCGUUUAAAGUUGCCAACGCACUAUUAUCGCGAUGUCGAACAUUCACGUUGAAAAGCCUGGACACAGAGGAUAUUGUCGGCAUACUGCGCCGUGCGUUAAAAGAGGAAGAGGAGACAUAUCCCCCAACUGACCUCGUGGACGAGGAGAUGAUUACCUACUUGGCACGGUUUUCUGAUGGUGACGCCCGGACGGCUAUAAACCUCCUCGAGCUGGCUCUAUCACUGACAACUUCACGGGAGGGCAUUACGAAGGAGGACAUCAAGACAUCACUCACAAAGACCUUGGUCUAUGACCGCGCCGGCGACCAACAUUAUGACAACAUCUCCGCGUUUCACAAAUCGGUUCGAGGCUCUGACGCGGACGCUGCAUUGUAUUAUCUAGCACGCAUGCUCCAAUCCGGCGAAGAUCCCCUCUUUAUCGCUAGGAGGAUGGUCGUCAUCGCGUCAGAAGACGUCGGUCUCGCAGAUAAUUCACUUCUGCCACUCGCAACGGCUGCGUAUACCGCGACUCAACAAAUCGGCAUGCCCGAAGCUCGCAUCCCGCUUGCGCACUGCGCGGUAGCGCUAUGUGCCGCCAAGAAGAGCACGAGAGCAUAUCGCGGCUUGAACAACGCGUAUUCUGCGCUCAGGGAGCCAGGUGUGGCGAGCCUCCCGGUGCCGCUGCAUCUGAGAAAUGCACCGACUAGGCUGAUGCGGGAAAUGGGGCAUGGCGCAGAAUACAAGUAUCCGCCCAACUACAGGGACGGGCGGGUGAAACAGACAUAUCUGCCCGAAGACCUUUUAGGACGGCGGUUCCUUGAGGAAAGGGAUCUGGGGACAGAGGUGGACCCUGACUGGGAAAUGGUGGAUGUCUAACAUGGCAUCCGGGACAGGAGAAAGAAGAUGUCGAAGUGUAUUGGAAAAAAGCAGACCGCUCAGGAAGCGUUAUCCAUUGUUACUGUAUAGUCAAGGCGCAUGUGGACAAUGAUACUACCUCUCGGGGGCGACCCCUUUCCAGCCAUGGCCAGUCUCAACUGACAUGAUAUCAUACUGUAUUGUACAGUAGCACACCCUUAACGCCGGCGCAAUGCAAACAGCCCAGUACCCUUUGCCAACCUUUGAACAUCGGCAACAAAAAAGUCAUGCGCUUAUUGUACAGAUUGAUUAAUCGUCUUGCGUGAGGUCAAUGAGCGACACAUCACUCUGUCGAAGUACCUUUUGACUGGAAAGUCCUCGACUCCUGAGCUUCGCUUCCUCAGUCGCGACAAUUGCA